GGAAGGGUGAUGUUUGGCUCCGUCACCCUCCCGCUCCAGGAUUACGUCAGGAUCCUCGGAGUGGACUUGGACCGAGAGCUGCGCUUCGACCGCCAACUGAAACACGUCGCCCACCAGGCCUCCCUACGUGUCUCUGCCCUUCGUAGAGUGGCUAAUUUCCUCGACAAGCGAGGAAUUAUGCUCCUCUACAAGGCCCAGGUAAGACCCUACCUGGAGUACGGGGCUCUGACCUGGAUGUCCAGCGCUGCCACACACCUGCAGAAACUGGACAAGGUGGAGCGACGGGUGCAGCGACUGUUACAGGAGAACAAACCCCAGCCGCCCCCUCAGGAUAUUAUACAUCUAGACACUCUGGAGCACCGCCGGGACGUCGCUGCGCUGGUGGUGUUCCACAAGGCCCAGGUACAAGGAGUACCACACCUGGCGAGGCUGAGGCUCCCCCCAGGAGAGGCUGUGAGAGAUACGAGAACGGUACUCUCCAGCCACGAGCAGGUCGGGGUGCCAAGGUCACGCGCCAGCCAGCACCAGAGGACCUUCACCUCCAGGGUGUCCCGCCUGUGGAACACGUUCACGGCGGCAGGGCCAACAGUGAGGGAAAUGUCCACCCAGCAGGUAAAAGUGGCUGCUCACAGGUGGCGAAGAACAUGCCCCACACCACUAGUGAUGCUAAAUACACAGUGAACAAGUGUAAAGGGCUUUUGAAAUAAUGC